ACACAUAUUUUAUAAUCAGUUCGAUAUGUGCUGAUCGCUUGAAAAGAUGUCAAAAACUAUAACGAGCAAAAAUAUUUUGUGGCUUAGCUUGUUGCUGCUUUUCACCCUGACAGGCUCUGCUUUGGGCUCAGAGCUGUCACCCCAGGGACGCAUCAUCAAUGGGUCCGAGGUGGACAUAGCACGUCACCCAUAUAUUGUUUCGAUACGUUAUCGUCGCAGUACUGGAUCCGCUUACCACCACGAAUGUGCGGGUGUCAUCUACUCGGAUAGAGCAAUCGUGACAGCGGCUCAAUGUUUGGAGAAUAUGCUCGUGGGCACAAGGAUCUUGGUUGUUGCUGGUGGCAACACGAGAAAUGGCAGCGAUGGAUUGGUUUAUCCCGUUGCCAAGUGGGUCUAUCAUCCAGAGUUUAGGACCCUUACGGGAGACUACGACAUUGGGCUGAUCGUGCUGGAAACACCGCUCGAUUUCAACAACUAUCGUAUCCGAAAGAUCGCAUUGCGUGCCGAGCGACCUGCAACUGGGCGAACUGGCAUUGUCACUGGCUGGGGCUAUCGCGAGGAAUGGGGUCCCUCAAGCUAUAAUUUGGAACAGGUGCAGGUGCCCAUCGUCAGCUCAGAGCAAUGUAAUGAUAUCUAUGGAAAGGGUGAUGUGACCGAACGUAUGAUCUGCGCUGGCGAUGUGGCCCAAGGUGGACGUGAUGCCUGCCAAGGCGACACGGGCGGCCCACUUAUUGUAGACGAGCAACUAGUGGGCCUCGUGUCAUGGGGUCGCGGCUGUGGGCGUCCUGGCUAUCCCACAGUUUACACCUAUGUACCUAGCCUGAAGACCUGGAUCGAUGAAAUGAUUGAGCUCGCCGGUGUGUUAUAAACAAAGCUGUUAAGCCCGAUACUUAUGUGACUUUCCAUUACCAGUUUACUGCUUAGCUAAUAAUAAAACAAACCGUUUAGUACAUAGUAAACUUAUUAUAGACGCGCUCAGCUCAAGAUAGCACAAUUUCCCUUGCGAAGGUUGUUUAAAUUGUUUUAACACUUUGGAAACGGGCCAAUUCGAGUUACUUAUCUACUCCUGAUAUAAAUCAACACCCCGAGAUAAAGAGGUUGAUUUAGUUAAGUUUC